AUGCCCAACGAGCAGUCCCUUCCCUAUCUCACUCUCUUCGCCUCCUCGCGAGCGCCCAGACCCUCCAUCGAGCAGUCCCAAUCCGCCCUGCAAGCCCUUCGAUCCGCCAGCGAGUCCUUCCUCAAAGCCAUCAUCGCGUUGUACCGCCGUUCCCACGGAGCCAGCGACCAAGAAAUCGUGCCCACGAGCGGCGUGGCGAAGAACGCCGAUCGCUUCAUGGCUCUCACGCUCCGCUCUGUCCUGCAGACGCUCUUCGGCGUCGCUCCGCCUGCCGUGAUUUCGCAAUUCUUCGCCCGAUCGCUCGCCUCCUUGCAGCAGUCCAUCGACCAAAACCCGACCCUUUCGCUCGACCUCCUCGCCGAGGCGGGCGUCUUUUCUGCGCUCAUUCCAUGGAUCGCCAGCGAAGAAGUCCCCGCCGCGCUGUCCUACCUCAUGGAAACGGCGCCGAAGAUCCGUGCCGUGGCGUUUCAGAACCGAUCGAGCCGGUCGUUCGUGCUUCUCUGCGAAUACCACGCGGAACUUCUCUUCGAAACGAACCGCGUGGACGCGAUUUCGACCGAGCUGCUGGAUCGCCUGCUGUCUUCCGUCGUGAACGUUCGCUUCGACUAUCUCACAGCGCUCCAUUCUCUGUGGAGUCAUCUCUCGCCUCAAAACAAAGACCAUAUGCAGCUCAUCGUGCAAGUCCUGCCUCGCCUCAUUCUAUGCAUCAAAGACGCCAAUCAAUCCGUACGCACGCUCAGCUUUAAGAUCCUCCUCUCUCUCUCCGACGUCAUGGCGUCCUCCACCGCGAAUCUCGUGCAGCCCACCGGCGAAGAAGUGCCCGCGUCGCUCUCUGAGUAUUUCCGGAUUUUAAUGGGAGGCCUGAGCGCGACGUCGGGCCGCAUGCAGUCGGCUUCGCUGAUGUGCAUCAGCUGCGUGCUGUUCCAUCACCGAUCGAACGAAGCGAUCGUUCCGCUGAUGCGAGACGCGAUGCACAUCACUUACGGACUGCUCGAAUCGAAGAAUCGAGAGGUCGCGAAGGCGUGCUUUGGGUUGAUUCGGACCUGCGUGAAGGUGCUUCCCGAGGAGAUUGUGCGCGAAGAAAUGCACGAGGCGAUCGGAGCGCUGCAGCCCUGGUCGAAUGCUCAUUACGGGAACUUCAAGCUGCGCGUGAAGGCGAUUUUCGAGCUGAUUUUACGCCGCUUGGGGAAGCAAACGAUGGAGUCGCUGCUGACGGAGGAAGAGAAAGCGAUGUUGGAUCCGAUUUUGGGGGGAAAGAAACCGGAUAAAGAGAAGACGGACGAAGAAUUGGUGGAAGAAAUGGAGAGAGAAGGAGAGCAGAUGGAAUUGACGUCGGAUGACGAAGUGGAAGUGAUGGAGAUCGAUGAGAACGGAAAUGUGAGAAUGAAGGGUGGAAGCGGAUUAUGA